AUGGAGGACGAUAUCCCUGAAGGUUACAGGCCAGACCCCCCCGGCAACAUCGAAGCAAUAUGGCACAAAAGCCAUACCCCGAUUUUCGAUCUCUAUCCGUACCCAAACAACAAGAGCCCCAUCGUCCCAUCAACAUCAAAACUAGAUGAAGACUGGCUUCUCGCGGCCACUAGCAGAGCACGCAUCUUCAAGACCCUCAGCAGCAGCCCCAACAUCCGGGAAUGCAAGGACGAACACAUCCAAUUCUUCUUCUGGACUGCUCUUGACCGUUCAAACCGCCGUUACAAAGAUAUCCACUCUCCCAACGCACAGCUCUGGGACUUCCACGAUAUGCACGAGACACAGCAAGCCCAUGAAGAUGGUCUGUGGCGCGAUGUGCUUCUCAGUUCGCCCUGGUUUGACUGUCCUAUCUUUGAUGACUUGCUGCACAAGCCACAAAUAAGGAAUGACCCGGGUGGAGAGAAGCACAGAAAGGUUCGCGUGGUGAAGCGAAACCCACAUUUUGUCGAAUUGGAGGACGAGUUCUUGGAGAGAUGGUGGCUCAAGGCGGCGAAGUUGAAGUUGAGGAGAUUUGACAAUGGGGAUGCGGUGUUGCCCAUCACGGCACAGAGUUACAUGGAUAUGUACGGGGAGAAGGCCAUGAAAUGGGAUAUUGAAGAGGAAGAUGAUGAGAGUGAUGAAGUGACAGAGACCGCAAUUGGUGAGGUUAUGCAGAGAGAAGACGAGGACGCUGAUGACGAAGAGUCUAUCUGA